CAGCCUCUCUUCACUCCCUCUUCCCCACUCCACAUCCACUGAGGCCGGGGAGGAGGAGCAGGGCAGGCUCAUCUCAGCUACCAGUUACACAAGCGGCUCCGUGCUCUGCUCUGGCACAGGUGGUCGCUACUUAGCAGUGGAGCAGGUUUUGGGGGGACCCCUUCUCUCCCACCUUCAGUGCUCUAGAAUUUUUUCUGUGGCUUCUCAUUAUUACUGGAUACUUUUUGGGAUACAGGAUCAUGAUGACAUGUUGAGAUUGGGCUUUGUGACUUGCUGGCUGUUGGAUUUAAUCACUGUCCUGCUGCAAGGAGUCAGGAUCAGCACUUUCCCGGGGUCCUGGCAUCGACUGCUUCAAUUCAUCCAGGUGUACAAGAAGAAGCAGAAUACGUUGUGUCCUCACUCACAAAGAACACUGAUGUAAUCCUGUGUUGUCUAAACGAGCUGAUGGAUGAAGAUGAGAAAGACAGAGCAAAGAGGGCUUCACGGAAUAAAUCUGAAAAGAAGAGAAGAGACCAAUUUAAUGUUCUCAUUAAGGAGCUGUGUACAAUGCUGCAUGGUCAUGGACACCCCCUCAAGAUGGACAAGUCCACCAUUCUCCAAAGAACUAUUGAUUUCUUACAGAAACAGAAAGAAAUCACAGCACAGACAGAAGCCUCUGAGAUCAGACAGGACUGGAAACCUUCUUUUCUUAGUAAUGAAGAGUUCACCCAGUUGAUGUUAGAGGCCUUGGAUGGAUUUCUAAUUGCGCUGACCACAGACGGCAUGAUAAUAUAUGUUUCUGACAGCGUCUCCUCCCUUCUUGGUCAUUUACCGUCAGAUUUGGUGGACCAAAAUAUAUUGAACUUUCUGCCGGAGCGGGAACAUGGGGAAGUGUAUAAGAUGCUGGCUCCGCAUAUACUGAUGACAGAACCAAUCACUCCAGAAUUUCUAAACAAUGAUAAACAAGUGGAGUUCUGCUGUCAUUUAGCCAGAGGAAGUCUAGACCCAAACGAACCUCCUACUUAUGAAUAUGUCAAAUUUGUUGUAGAUUUUAAGUUUUUUACACAUGUGCCUACAUCAUCAUAUAAUGGCUUUGAGUCAGCGGUUGCAAGGGCAUUCCGGUCAGCCACAGAAGAGCAGAUAUGUCUCGUAGCUACAGUCCGUCUUGUCACUCCACAGUUUCUAAAGGAGCUGUGCAACGUAGAAGAGCCUUGUGAAGAAUUUACAUCGCGGCACAGUCUAGAGUGGAAAUUUCUCUUUUUAGAUCACAGGGCUCCACCAAUUAUUGGUUAUCUACCCUUUGAAGUGCUGGGGACAUCAGGGUAUGACUACUACCACGCAGAUGACCUGGAGCUCCUGGCAAGGUGCCAUGUUCACUUGAUGCAGUACGGGAAGGGAAAGUCCUGUUACUACAGAUUUCUAACCAAAGGCCAACAGUGGAUCUGGCUGCAGACGCACUACUACAUCACCUACCAUCAGUGGAAUUCCAAACCCGAGUUCAUUGUUUGCACACACACUGUUGUUAGCUAUGCUGAAGUCCGGGCAGAGAGAAGAAGAGACCUGGGUCUGGAGGAGUCCGCUCUGGAAAUUGCAGACCCAUCAUUAAAGAUGCAAAACACCUAUCUAGAUAUUAGGCAAUGUACAAAUAACCAGGAGCCGAGCAGGGAAGGGGUGUCUGUCUCGUCACAUAGCUCCCGCAGAUCGUCUCACACGGCCCUUUCAGACUCUGCCUCAACAUCCUCUAUGAGACAUACAGAAGCCAGUACUCCUUCUAGACACUCGAUGACCUUGAGCCAGCAAGACAUGCCCCAAAUAAGAAUGGCAGCCAGUGCAAACCAGCAGGUAGUAACCCCUCAGCCUCCAGCUGAACAUAUACCUCAACAUCAUGUUCCCCAGCCGACUAUUUCACCCCAGCAAGCUAUCAUGCCGGUGUGUCAUUACCCCAGUCACCUAGGAAUGGUGACCCAACUGAAGGAACAACUGGAGGAGAGGACGCGGAUAUUACAGGCAGACAUCAAAACGCAACAGCAAGAACUGGAUGUCUUAAAGGAACAGCUGCAGCUAGUGCAGGACUCCAACUUGCAGAUGUUUAUGCAGCAACCAGUCCCAAUGGGAUUUAAUAAUGUACAACAGCCUGAUUCCAGGAGGGUGUCACGCCAGUCCGGAGUAGUGGCUAGGCAAGGCCUGGAAAUGGGGAAGAAGUCUCAGGCGAUGAUGAGUUCCAAGCGUUUUUGUGGAUCUCAGAUAACCUCCGCUCAUCAGUAUGUUACAUCAAAUCAGACUGCAGCUCACCAGCAAACUCAGCAACAACCGCACACGCAGCAAAUACAACCACAGGCACCUCAACACCAGCAUCCACCAGUGCCACAGCAUCAGCAGAUACAGCAAGCGCCACAGCACCAGAGUCAGAAAUUACACCAACAGGCGGCGCAACACCAGCAUCAGCAAGUGCAACAAGCACAACAGCAACUGCAGCACCAGCAGCAAAUGCAGCAGCUACAGCAGCAUCACCAACAGCAGCUGCAGAAGCAACAGCACCAGCAGCAGAUACAGAGGCAUCAGCGGAUGAUGAGAGGAAACCAGACACAACAGGCAGCCGUGUUACAGACUCAUAGCAACAUUGUGAUGCCCCUAUGCUAUAAUAACACUAUGAUGUUCCCACAAAUUCACCCCCCCGCCGCCGCCACCGCUGCUUCAUCUCGGAUUUCAACAGACACUGUGGACAGAUCCCAAACAUCUGAUUUCAGUCAAGACAGGCAUUUGAGGUUUGUCCAAGACCAACAAAUGCGGCCGCCAUCACUGCAGAUGCAGCCAAUCACAUGUAGCACAGUGAUUGCAGCGUCCCCGGCUCCGGCAUACACCCCUUCUGUUAUGAUCCCUCCAGCCGGCUUUACCACCCAGCAGACCCAUGCUGCCGUCCACCUACACCAUUGUCAGCAGCCCGUCCAACCACAGCAUCUUUAUCUUCAGAUGCAGAGUCCAGAAUCAAUGCCAUCCGGCCAGUCUCAGCGUAUGUUUCAGCAGCCUCACAUCCCUCAGCAGAAUGCCAUGGGCUAUUUUUUGCAUCCGCAACAACAAAAUCAAUCCGGUAAUAUAUCUGACUUACCGGAGUUGCCGCUCCCAUGACACUAGAGGAUGGAGAAUAGGACCUCAGGCAUUAUACUUGUGCACCAUGUGCAACAGUAGUAGAAGGGUCUGAUGGGCCCAGAAUCCUUCUCUCUGUAGCGUGCCCAGUCCACCGAAGACUGUGCUAAGGGCGGAGAAGGAGACAUGUUCACUGAAGACGGGCAAUGUAACAAUCGGGUCGAAAAACUACAAACCCAUACAUAUUCUUAUAGGUUCCCAGCUGCCUCCAUGAAGAACCAAGAGUUCUGAUGUUACCUAUACACCAAAGUGUAUGUCAGGGGCUCUCUUGUUGGUUUGCCAAAGCAUACCCAAUAAGUGACUAUGAACUCUAUUAUGAACACCUAUGCCCAGCAAACUAUAUAGCCAUAAAGAUAGAGGUUUUGGAAAGCAUAACAUGUUCCAGAAGAGUGCUUUGUGGGUCAUGAUGGCAGUGUAUGGUUCAGAUAACCUCAGGCACUAUUUUUAUGUGCCUUGGAUGUUACAUUACGUAGCUGCAUCUUUAUACACUUUAUGAAGAAAUUCAGCGAUUUAUGCUAAUAUAGUGAUAUUCUGUAUGUCCUUUAUCAUUCGAGAGUUUCAUGCCAAAGUGUUCUACAUACAGUUAUAUCAGAAGAGUACCAAGAGAAGUGCCCAACAGAUAUCAGACUGGUCAUAACGCUCCAGCCUGGUGCUGGUUGCCUGAAAUGUCCAUCCACAGAUGGAGCAGAAGCGACUUUGUCUUGAAUUCACCAACACCAGGCAGUGAAUGACAGCGCUGUUCCCGUAGGCUUACAGAAGAUGCAAAUCCCUUAACCACACUUCCACCACAGGUCUUCACAAACAUCAGUCGGAAAGUAGCAGCAGUCGCCAAAGAGUUCCUAGAAGUUACCGCAGAUGCAUUAAACAAUAUUUCAGGUAGCACGGCCGCUCUUCUUCUGGCUAAGUUGCAUAAGAUUUGCUGAUUUUCGGGUCUUUCACAGAGUCCUCAAGUUUUUGUUUCAUUUUGGGGUUAUCAGGAAGCUAUUGGGGCCUUCAACCCUCCUGAUUGGAGUCACCAAAAACCCUACACCACAGAAACUAAGCCUGAAGAAUGGCCUAUCAGCUGUCAAAAUGUCGCCUAAAGGGGUUAUCCCAUGACUUAUGUAAAAAAUGCUCAUAUAGUACAUGAUCAUUUCUUUCUAGGGGCCCUUUUACACAGGCCGAUGAUCUGGCAGAUUAUCGGGUAUAAAGCAGAUGUUCCUAAUAACUGCCUGAUCGUCAGCGGAGAUGAGAGCUACAUUCACCUGUUUCCCGGGCCAAUUAUCAUCUUCAAUAACCUGCCAGAUCAUCAAUCUGUGUAAAAGGACCCUUGCAAAGCUACAACCAGCCCUGUAACGUACAUGGAUCCAGAGAUCGCCCCAUUCAUUGCUCCAAUUGCUUUUUAUUCCAUGCUGGCAGCUCAGGGGGCGUCUCUUUUCUCAGGGGACGUGUCCUUUCUGCUGCAGCUCUCACAGCUUCUAACAGUGGAUAGGGCUGGUGGUAGUUAAAGGAUGGUACUGAGCACGUGCGGACAGAGAUAUGAGGAAAGAACAAACAGCACGUGACUCUCUACAAAUACAUUUUAUAAUUUUUAAUUAUAUCCAUUUACAAAAGUAUUCAGAUCCACGUGUUGGUUUGAAAAAUAUUGAUUAUUUUCAUGGGACAACUCCUUUAGUACGUUGGCAGUUAGUAGGGAUGAGCGAACUUCAUAUUUUGAAGUUUGUGUUCGGGUUGGGGUACGUAUAUGCUGACUUGUGUUAUGGAUUCCAUUACCACGGACCAUAACGCAAUUCUAUAACGGAAUGCCUUUAGAGGCAUUCCGCUAUUCAUUCCGUCAUAAUAGAAGUCUAUGGCCUGCAAA